AUGAAAGUUUUAAAAACACACCAAGAAUAUACUCCAGUUAAUUUAGGAAAACGAACAAUAGACACACACUAUAAUGUUGAAACUCGUUUAUUACAAAAGAAUGUUCUCUUUAAUCAAGAUGGUAGUAUUAAUUUGACAUUAUUAAAGAACCAUUUUCAAAGAGAAGGUAAAUUAACAGUAGAAUGUGCAACAGAAUUAAUUUCAAGAGCAAAAACAAUUCUUAGUGGUGAACCUAAUUUAUUAGUUCUUCAAGCACCUAUUUAUGUAUGUGGAGAUAUUCAUGGACAAUUUUAUGAUUUAUUAACUAUUUUUGAUAUUACAAAAAAUGAAGAUUGUAGUUAUGUGUUUAUGGGUGAUUAUGUUGAUAGAGGAGAUUUUGGUUGUGAAGUCCUUUUUUAUCUUUUAGCUCAAAAAUUAAUGAAUCCAAAAAAAUUCUUUUUACUUCGUGGAAAUCACGAAAGUAGAAUGAUGACAGAAAAUAUGACAUUUAAUAUUGAGUGUGAAUAUAAAUAUAACUCAGUUGAAUUACUUGAUCAAAUUCAUUCUCUCUUUGAUUGUUUCCCAUUAGCUGCUUUAAUUGAAGGAAAUGGAUUAGGAAGAUUUUUAUGUACCCAUGGAGGUAUUUCACCUCAACUUCAAAAAUUAUCACAAUAUAAUGAAAUUAAUAGAUUUCAAGAACCACCUACAAGUGGUGCUAUGUGUGAUUUAUUAUGGUCUGACCCAUUAGACCAACCACAUCCAGAAUCAAUGGAUAAAAGAAGAUUAGAAGCAUGGUUAAAUACUGAUUUUGUUGAUAAUACAUUAAGACAAACAUCAGUUAUGUAUGGACUAAGAGGAUUAUUAAAUUUUUUAAAUAAAAAUGAUUUAAUUUGUUUAGUUAGAGCACAUCAAGUAAUGGAAGAUGGAUUUAAAUUACAUUAUUUUAUGCAAAAUAUUGAUCUUCCUCCAUGUAUUACAGUAUUUUCUGCACCAAAUUAUUGUGAUGCUUAUCAAAAUAAGGCCUCAGUAUUAAAAAUUAAUACUGAAAAUAUAUGUUUUGAACAAUUUGAAUAUGUUGAUCAUCCAUUUAAUUUCCCAGAUUUCUUAGACUGUUUUAAUUAUUCAUUACCAACAUUAAUGGAAAGUAUUGUUACUGUACUUUCAGAAUUAGUUGUUGAAGUUAAAGAAGAAGAAGAAACAGAUAUAAAACCAGAAGAGAAACAAGCAGAUGCAGAAUUAAAAGCAAAAAUUGAUUUAUUAAAAGAAAAAACAGAAAAAGAAUAUAAAGAGAAAAAACAAAUUCUUGAUUUAAAAAAAGAAAUUAAAGCAAUGAAAACAGUUAAUAAAGAUUGGUUUGAUAAAGUACUUAGAAUUGAUAAGAAAAAUGAAAUGAGACCUAGGUCAGUUAGUCUUGGAAAAGUUACUAGUAGACCAAGAAAUGUCAGAACUGUUUCUGACUCGCAUCUUUUUAUGCCAUUUGAAGGACAAAUUUAA